AUGGGUUUCUCGCCGGACACCAAGCAACCCAACAGGAUGCUGCGGGAGUGGGAGGAGACGCACGCCAGGAAGGCGCACGAAUCUCGCGUCAGGUCCGCUGUAUCCACGCUCUCGGCGACGUUCAGCGGCGCCUCCGCGUCGCGACGCUCCCCGGUCAAACCUUGGCAAAAGGCAUCGGCAUCUCCCGAGCCUGUGGACCCGUCCACGCCGCUCGAGACGGCGCGGGCGGCGUACAGGGCGCGACCGACCUCCUCCGUCGGGAGCGCCAGGCCCGCCGGCUCGACCCCAUCGCCCAGCGGUCGGGCGGGAACUCGACCCGCAUCCGCGCUCGAGCGAGGCGCGGCGUCGUCCGCGGGGAGGACCCCGCCGUCCACCGGCGGUACGUCCACGUCGUCCGGUGACCGAGGAGGUAGGUCCACCGGGCGGUCCAUCGCCGCGUACCUGAAGCGGCGCCAGGCGAUGCGACAGAGGCAGAGGGAGGAGACGGAAGCGCACGGCGGUGAAGACGAGCGCGCGACGGGGGACGGGGACCACGGCGUCGCGGCGAACGCAACGCCGCCCGUGUCCCGCGGUCGAUACGACGAGGAGGAGGAGGAGGAGGAGGAGGGCGUGAGGCGUCACAUCAUCUCCGACGUGCGUCGCGGCGGCGACCUCGCGGGUGAGCUCGCCAGGCUUUCGCUGGACGCGGGCGGCGCGCCCAGGGACGACGACGCCAUGCUCACCGGCGUCUCGUCCUUCCUCGCGCCCUCGCCCAUCGGUGUCCAGUCACCGGCGGUUGACGACGCGUUCGAGGCGUACGCCGCGUCCCUAUCCGACCGCGACCCGGAGUCACCCGCGAAUAGAUCCCCGGCGGAGGCUGACACGCCGUCGCCGCUUCGCGCGUUCGGAGCCGCGUCGACGAGCCGAGGCGCGGGAACGUCCCGCACCGCGGCCUCAUCGUACGCGCGAGACGAGUACGGAGACGUCGAAGACGACGGCGAGGAGGUGUUUGGACUGCGGGAGGAGGAUCUGUCGCCGUUUAAGAUGAUCGCCCCGAGCGUCCUGCAGGCGGCGGCGGCGAACCACGCGAGGUCGCUGUCGCUGUCACGCGGGGGCUUUGGCGAGCUGGGUUCGAUCACGGGGCCGAUCGAGUCGCGCCGGUACGGCUGA